AGCCAUGUAAAACAUCCCGAACUGUUUCUGAAGUUUCCAACAUAUCACGAUAUUUGGCAACAUAACGAAUGUUAGAUGGAACUAUCACCGAGGAUUACAACGAAAACUCUCCCGAGCGUUGCCAUGACAACGUCUCUAAUCACCCUGACAACACGUUCCAUCACCAUGAUCACGUGACUCAUCACUCAAAGAGAGCUAGACAUGACAAGAAGGUACACGUGGUAAGACAGCUGCACGAGAGGUUGUAUCAGAAGGCACCCCCUGGGUUCCUAAGGGGGUCCCUCCUGCAGCGGGAUAUGAUCACCAGACUCACUACUAGGGAUACUAUCAACGAUCCACUGUACACUGGAGCAGUAGUAGCUCUGAGGUGGAGCCCGGACGGACAGAGCCUGAUGUCGGGAGGGAAGCACCUGACCCUGCACUCCUACCCUAACUGUAGGAGGAUAGCCAGUGCGCGUAUGCCUGCUGAGGUGUACGAUGCUGAGUUCCUGGAUAGGGAGACUGUAGUCGCUGUCAGUCAGUCACUCCUUACAGGGACAAGUACGGGACUGAUCGUGCUUCCUCUACUCCCUCAACUGCCCAGCUCUCCAAAUAACCUCACUGAUGACGUCAUAAGUUCACGUGACGUCACAUCAACUCGCUACUACACAGUUAUCAGGUGCCACAGUGGUUCUGUGUUCUCAGUCAAACCUCUGGUCGGAAUGAGUAGCGACGUGUUCUAUACCGCUUCAGCUGAUCGCACUGUCAGGUUGUUCGACCGCCGCGCACUAGGCACAUGCUACUCAAGUCGCACGUGCAACAACAACCUGCUGCUGGUGGGGACUAUGUCUUAUCGGUCUCUGGCUGUCAACCCUGCUAACCCUCAUCAGUUCUGCGUUUCUCAUGGUCCCUAUCUAGGUGUACACGACCUGAGGUUCUGCUGUACGGACCACAGAGCAAUAGUGCGGAGAUACGACGUGCCGCCCUUCCCCCGCCCUCAUCUGGGAGGAAGCAAUAGGAUUACACACGCUGUGUACAAUAACAGUGGCACUGAGAUACUCCUUAACACUAGAACUAUAGGUGCUCUGCUGAUCUCUAAUGAUCCUAACAGUGGAGAAACUGUCGACCUUGAAACCGCUAAUACUGCUAGUUUUUCUGAAAACUCUACAAAUGAGAGAGGGCAGGAGCGUGUUGUGGUGAGUGAAGACUCUUCUAGCAACCGAAUAAGGGAGGCCUCCAGUUCUUUGGGUCAGCUGGGAUCAGAAAUCACGAACUGGUUAGCAGAAAGAGGUCAAUCCGAAAAUGAAAGUGAAAGAGAAACAUAUCGUGAAAGAGAAAGUAAUGGGAUCAUUGGACGGUAUACGGGCCACAGAAAUACACGAACAAUACUAAAAGAAGCGGCUUUUUGGGAUGAUAAAUAUGUUCUUUCAGGUAGUGACUGUGGCCGCGUGUUUGUGUGGGAUAAGAGUACGUGUGAAGUGCUGGCAGCUCUCCAAGUUGACUCCCACACCACCAUGUCGGUUAAACCACACCCUUUUGAUCCUGUUCUAGCCUGCUCUGGGCUUGACAAAAACGUGCAAAUUCUAGAGCCUAACUUUGAGAGUGAGGGAAUGACCCGAGAAGAAGUGACAAGUCACGUGACCCAGAAUUACCGUGUUCUGGAGGAGGAAGGCAUGAUAGUUCCUAUCCCUAACUCUGUGGUUAUGAGGGCUCUCUCUGCUGUGGAUCCCGGGGACUUCCUCGCUGCUAUCUUGUAGCAACUUGGUUAUUUCUCUAUCACGAUUGAUACUUUUUUAUAAAUUUUUGUUUCUGACACUGAUUUUAGUUAUGAUGCUAUGUUUUUAUAAGCAGUGAUUGACAAUUUAGGUACUUCCUAAGGUGUACCAUAAACCAUUAAGGGGGCCGGGGGGGGGGGGGGCCGGGGGGGGGGGGGGUCUUCAUAUAAUGUGGGGUGGUACUCACUUAUUUAUAAAGUGUACUGUAAACUAUAUAUAGUAUACUGUACUGUAAUUCCCUGCUAUGCAGGAGGCAGCGCUUUUAGUCUAUUGACUAACACAUUUUAUUGUGAUUUUGCUAAUGUAUAUUGUAUAAUGUAUAAUAUAUUUUCUAUCACAGAA